AUGCUACGGGCCAAAGAUAAUGCAGACUCCGCUAUGGAUGCAUCAGCGGCUGCCGGACCUCCGCCUCCUGUUGCAGCUACGUUUGCUUUGGCACUGAAACUGCCAGACUUUUGGCUCCAUGACCCCCCGUCAUGGUUCGUACACGUGGAGGCUCAGUUCGCCCUUCGCGGAAUCUCGGCAGACGAUACGAAGUAUCACCAUGUGGUGGCCUCGCUCGACCCGCUGGCCACCCGUCGCGCGAUGACGCUCCUCCGGGACCCACCUGCCAAAGGGAAAUACACUGCCCUUAAAGAGCUGCUUCUUUGGCGCUAUGCCCUCUCCGACGCUGAAGGAGCCGAAAAGCUCCUCAACCUGUCAGGCUUGGGUGGCGGUACUGCUCUUGAGCUCAUGGAGAACAUGCUAUCAUUGCUCGGGCUGGAUGACGGGGGAUUCCUCUUCGCCCACCUCGCAAACUCCCCGCUUCUGCCUCCGAAGGAUUAUCGCUCCCUGGCUAAAGAAGCGGAUCGCAUUCUCCUGGCUAGCCGCACUUUCGACGUUCACGCCCUGGCUAUGGACCUGCCGGCAGCACCUUCCACGCCUCCCCCUGCCUCCCCCGGAGCAUCCGCCCGCUUGCUGAUGGCAGGGAUUGCUACACGCUGGCACCGCAGAAACAGCAUCUGUUUCUACCAUCAGCGCUUUGGCGCUGCCUGCCACCUUGCGCUUUCACGCACGGUAACGAAGCAUGGGGUUGAGCACUAUAUUCCCACAGUCGGGCCCCUGGUAAUCGCACGUGCUCGCCGCCUCGACCCCACGAAACUGUCCGUCGCUCGGUAAGAGUUUGCAGCCAUGGAGCGCCUUAGCAUUGUACAGCGUUCGAACAGUGCAUGGGCCUCUCCGCUUCACAUGGUGCCCAAAUUGGACGGUCGGUGGCGGCAAUGCUGAGAUUUCCGCCGUUUAAAUAAUGCCACGGAGAAUGACCCUUACCCCAUCCCCUACAUUCAGGAUUUUUCUGCCAAUCUCGCCGGAACCUCGAUUUUUUCUAAAAUUGACUUGGUGUGGGGGUAUCACCAAGUUCCCGUGCGCGACGAAGACAUUCCUAAAACCGCUGUCAUUACCCCCUUCAGCUUGUUCGAGUUUUUGCACAUGCCAUUUGGCCUGAAAGGUGCCGCCCAGACCUUUCAGCGGCUGAUGGACUCCGUUUUGCGUGGGCUGCCGUUCGUUUUUGUUUAUCUGGACGAUAUAUUGGUGGCCAGCUGCUCAGCGAGCCAGCACGAGUCCAAUCUGUGCCAGGUUUUCCAGCGUUUGGCAGCGUACGGCCUGAUCAUCAACCCUUCCAAGUGCCAGUUUGGGUUGCCUGUUCUGGAUUUCCUCGGGCACCGCAUUUCUGCUGAAGGUUUGGUUCCGUUGCCCGACCGAGUCCAGGCCGUUUCGGCUUUUCCGCGUCUCACGUCGGUUAAAGCGUUGCAGGAGUUCUUGGGGAUGAUACACUUUUACAACCGCUUUCUCCCCAGAGCUGCCCAUCUGCUACAGCCGCUCUAUGCUGCCUUAAAAGGUAAAACAGCCAAAGAUCCUGUUGACUGGCUGCCGGAACGCGUCCAGGCGUUUUCCGCAGCCCUGCUGGCCCACCCGCUUCCGUCGGCGGAGAUCGCGUUGACCACCGACGUGUCCGACGUGGCAGGAGUUGCUGGCCCUGCACCUCGCGACACAAUAUUUUUCCUCGAGGGUCGCAACUUUACUGCAUACGUUGACCACAAACCUUUGACGUUUGCGAUGUCCAAGGUCUCUGACCCAUGGAGCGCACGCCAGCAGCGCCAGUUGGCGGCCAUUUCAGAGUUUACCACCCACAUUCAGCAUGUGGCUGGUAAGUCCAAUCACGUCACUGACUGUCUCUCACGUGUGUUGGUUUCCCCGGAGUAUGUCGGCUUCAACUACGCUGCCAUGUCCGCCGAGCAACAUGCUGACCCGGACGUCCUUGCCCUUCAGUCAACGAAAACGGGCCUCGUAGUGGAGGACACCCCGGUGUGUCACCCCCGCCUGGUGGUUCCCCUUUCGUGGCGUCGUGUUUUUGACUUGGUGCAUGCCCUCUCUCAUCCCAACGUCUGGGCCUCAGUCAAGCUGGUCAGCGCCAGGUUCUUUUGGCCGGGCCUUCGCGAAACGAUGAAAGAAUGGGCGGCGGCUUGUAUCCUAUGCCAACGCUCGAAAAUCCACCGGCACACGCAGGCACCCCUCAAACCUUUCCGUGUCCCCGGUAGGCGUUUCGAUCACGUUCACGGUUGGUCCCUUGCCGCAGUCACAGGGUUUCACGCAUCUUACUGUGGUGGACCGCACGACCAGGUGGCCGGAGAUGGUACCCCUGGCAUCCACGACAGCGGUGAGGGUGGCCAGAGCAUUUUUGUCAACGUUGGUUUCGCGUUUCGGCCCCCUGCUAACAUUACCUCGGACAGGGGGCCCCAGUUUGUUUCUGAGCUUUGGUCUGCUAUGGCUGACGGCCUGGGGGUCAAGGUCCAGCAUACCACCCGCAAGCUAACGGGAUGCGCGAGCGGUUUCACCGGUCACUUAAGGUCACUCCGGGCUUCCUUAACAGAUGGCGACUGGGUUGACCGUCUUCUGUGGGUUUUGGUGGAAUUGCGGUUAAAGAAGACCUCGGGGUUUCCCCAGCUGAACUGGUCCUCGGCCAACCCCUCCGGGUCCCAAGGGAAUUCUUACCUGAGAGCCCCCCCCGUGUUUCGAUACCAGGCACGAUGCCCAUAG